AUGCGCUCCUUCGCGAUCAUCCCCGCCGCUUUGGCUACCUUGGCCGUGGCCAUGCCGCAGGCUGCUCUCAAGCCAUCAGCGAGCCCCCCGGCCGGUUGCUCCACAAGCUACACUGGCAACUUCGGUCUGACCGUUGUCGAGCUCGGAAAGCGAAGCCUCGAUAAGCGUGGCUCCUGCACUGGAACUGGUUCUUUGGACCUCACCCUCAAGGACGGUGUCCUGACCGAUUCCCAGGGCCGCACUGGCUCCAUCGUCGCCAACUACCAAUUCCAGUUUGACGGUCCCGCUCAAGCUGGCGCCAUCUACACCUCUGGCUUCUCCGUCUGCUCCAACGGCUCCCUUGCCCUCGGAGGCUCCACCACCUUCUACAGAUGCCUCUCUGGUGACUUCUACAACUUGUACGACCGUCACUGGGCUGAGCAGUGUUCUCCCAUUCACCUCUCGGCUCUCCCUUGCGGCUCCGAUGCUCCCGUUCCCUCUGGACAGGUUGUCGGUACCACCAUGGUUGUGACCACUCUCGUCACGGUUAUCGGCGACGGUCAGCCUCAGGUUGUCCCGACCACGAUCCCCGUCCCUCUCUGCCAAAUCGGCGAUGGCCAGGUUCAGGGCCACACCACCCCCUGCGGCGAGCUGCCUCCUGUCACUGUGACGCCUUCUGCUCCCGCCAGCCAGCCUCCCUACACUCCCCCGGGAACCCCCGUUGCCCCACCUGCAACUACCGCGCCGGUCGUCCCGCCGGUCCCCACCACGAAGGUGCCCGUUCCGGUUCCCUCGGUCCCGUCGACCCCCGUCAACAGCACGGCGGUCGUGACCACCCCUGGCACCACGGCUACCACGCCUGCGACCACGACCACACCGGCGGCUCCCCCCGUUGCUGCUGGCCAGAACCUGGCUCCGGCUUCGUUUGUCGCUCUCGUUGCCACUCUGAUGGCAGUCGUCUGCCUUAUCUAA